ACAUUUCUGCAAAUUAAUUUUAAAAAUCCAAAACCCACUUUUUGGCCCUCUCCGUUUCCCAAUAUCUCUCUACAGUUCCUUGCAUUUUGUAGACAAAUAUUACGUACACAACAAUUGGGGUAAGGGUUAGGGUUUGGGUUUGGUGGUGCGAAUUUUAGUGAUUAUUAAUUUAUUACGCGAUGUAUGCUGAUCGAGUGGAGGCGGAGGCCCAGUCUAGUAGGUCGAUUAAGGAGAGGCUUAACGGAAAUUCAGCCGCUGAUUCUGGUAGACGGAGACCUGUCUCCGGCAAGAGGCGAAGAGAAGAUGAUGAUAAAUGGGAACAUGAUCUUUUUGAGGAGAAUGAACCUCAAGUUUCAACCUGUUUAGACCGCAGAAUUGGUGCGAAAGAUCUUCGUUUAAAGCUUCAAAGAAAGAGCAUUGAGCAAGCUUCCCAAACAAGGGGCUCAGUUUCAGGAGGUAUGAGGGAUCUGCGUGAGAAACUCUCGGGUUCAUUAUAUUCUCGUCCAGGGGAAGCUAAGCCUUCACAGCCAAGGUCGAAGCCAGCUCUUGAAGUCAGUAAACCUACUAGGAAAAGUGUUGUAGCUGAAGCCACAGUGCCAGACAGCAGAAGAGUUACUGGCCCAGUUUCUGAUAAAAAGAAUCAGCUGAAGGCAGAAUCAGUGGAUAAUUUUCUGGAGUCCCUUGGUCUUGAGAAAUAUUCAAUUACUUUCCAGGCUGAAGAGGUUGACAUGAUAACCCUAGUACAUAUGGUUGAUGAAGACCUUAAAGCUUUGGGAAUACCAAUGGGUCCAAGAAAGAAGAUACUUCUAGCACUG